AGUGUUCAUUGCGCGCGAGUCCAUGUCCUUAAAUCUGGUCUGGUGAGCGAAGGCUCGCUGGGAAGUAGAGUCUCGUCACUGCAUCUCCCAUUUCCCACAGGUUUCUUGAAUCGCGAGAUUUACAUAGGCGGGUUGGUGUGUGGCAGCAUUACUCUGCCAGACGAACUGAACAAUACUGAUAUGAAAUCUGCGUAAAGUAGCCUUUUGACUUUCUGGAGGCAUGUCCAAGAAAAGGGGCAGAAAGCGGAGUAGCGGGGAGCUGAGUGACACAUUGACCCCAGAUCCCAACAGCAUUCUGGGAGUCCGCAUUCAGCAUAACUGGCGCGAGAAGGGGAACCAGAGCAAAUGGAAGGGAACAGUACUCGACAGGCUUAGCGUGAACCCUUCUCUCUUCAUGGUGAAGUAUGACGGCUUUGACUGCGUCUAUGGCAUCGAGCUGUUUAAGGACGACAGAGUGUCAAACCUGCAGGUCCUGUCGGAAAAAGUUGUAAACAACAAGAUCAAGAUACCUCCAGGGGCAGAGGAGCUGGUGGGCAAAGCUGUGGAGCAUCUGUUUGAAAAGGAGGAUGGAGAGAAGAACGAGUGGAGAGGCAUGGUCCUCUCUAGAGCUCCAAUCAUGACCAACUGGUAUUAUAUCACUUAUGAAAAGGACCCCGUACUUUAUAUGUACCAGCUGUGGGACGACUAUGCUGACGGAGACCUCAGGAUUCUGCCUGAAGCAGAAAACAAACACCUGUUGCCUGCAGACAGGAAGCCCGGAGAAGAGACGGAGAGCCUGGUGGGGAAACAGGUGGAGUAUGUUACUGACAAGGGUGUGAAGAGGACAGGCUUGGUCAUCUACCAGGUCCCAGCCAAGCCCUCUGUCUACUAUAUCAAAUACGAUGAUGACUUUCAUAUCCACGUCUAUGACCUGGUGAAAACCACCUAGGGAUACUGUAAUGGACACUCUCCAGCCCCCCCUUCCUCCAUCUGCUUCUGUUCCACUCUUUGUUCUAAUCUGUUAUCCAAAGCCAUGCAGGGUUGAAUAGUUAUAUGCUUUAUUGUUCAGAAGAAAGUGCAAUCUGUUUUCCAUAUGCACAGCAGAACUGUAGCACCGCUAUACUUGGCUAUUUCGAGCAGAUGGGAGUUUUCUUCGCUGCUUUACUUUAUACUUUAAGUUUGGACAGUCCAACAUUGCACUGCCCAACAGCGGCAAAGAGCAGUUGUUACUGCAUUUGUAUUGUUGUCCUUGAUAUACUGUACUUGAUCAAUCCUUAAAGUUAUUAUCUUAAUUAAAUCCCAGUAUGACUAAAGAAAGCUGCUCAAAAUGUUCUUUUAAAGACACUUCUCUGUGAAUCAUCUAAACAGCUAGUAAGUAGAGCUGCACGACAUGGGGAAAAAUAUCUAAUUGUGAUUAUUUUAAUUGAUAUUGCAACUCACAAUAACGGAAUAGUCAUUUUUACAUCAUUAUUCUUAUUUUCAUUGUAAAAUAUAAAAACAAACCAUUGUGUGAUUCAUUCAUAGAUCUUUACCAAACAGAUUUUUUUUUUUUUGAAUCUGUAGAACACGACAUCCCUGCAGCACCACAAUACUUAAUUCAAAAUGGAAUUUUGAAUUUUUCUUGCCUUUAACAAAUAUUAGGCAAACCCCCCAAAUCAAUAUUGCUAUUUUGAUAACAUUUUGAUUGUAUAUUUAUUUCUUUUGUGCAGCCUACUAGGAAACAUAUGCAUUUAUUGCAUUACAUGGGCAGAUAAAUUUGUGUAUUGUAUUUAUCUAACCAUAUAUUUUCAAAUGCAGUGUUAGUACUGGAAGGAAGGAAGGAAGGAAUGAAAGCAGAAUUGCAAAAUCACCUGAAUGGGGGCCCUUAUUUACAAAAGCCUUAAAUGAAUACUGCUCAUGUGGAAAUGUACUCCUGCACCUUUGCACCAUAUUUAGCAUUGUAUAAGAUCCUUUGCAGUGGUGACGAAGAUGCAGUUUGCUAAAUUCUUAUUUGAAUUUGAUCCCACACAAAUCAUAAAGUGCCUUCCGGCUUGUCACUUUUGCAAUAUUGUACAUACUGUUUCUCCGACUGUCUACGCUCUUACUGAGUCCUUGCGUAUAAAGGCUGCUUUUCUUUUUGGUUUUCAUUCAGUAGUGGUGACACUGACAGCUUGAAGAACGUUUUGCAACCAUUAGUUUAUAUUAGUGUUGUGUUUUGCUCUUAAUGCAGUCUAAAAAACAUUACACACAUCAUUGGUUGUAUAAGCUUACUGUUGAUCUUGUGGGGAGCACUUUAAUGUAUAAAGUUUACAUGUUUAUGGUACGCUAUAUAGUUUCCCCCAACAUGCUUUUUCCUGAUUAGCAAAUGUGGCAGAAUACAUGCUUUAUAUCAUACGCAUGAAGAUAUAAAAAAAAAACUAAAAAAAAAGUUGCGACCCUCCUCAGAUGAAAGUAUUUAAUAUGUACGUGUGUAAAAUGCGUUGUCAUGUUGCCUGUAGUGGUUACUCUCAUUUAUACAAAUAUCUCAUCAAAACACCACCAGCUUUUAGUGAAAGGGUCAUUUAUUUACAUUAAUUAUAAACUGAAUAUUUAACAUAAGGUAUACUCAACUGACAAACCAGUUUGUUGAAAGUAACUAACUCUGGUUCUAUUCUUUAUAACCGUCUCUUUGUCUUGCAAACACGUAUGCUUGCAGUAUUGGUUUCAUCCCAACUUUGUCACUAGUUGCCAAAUUGGUCUUUGCCUUCUCAGUCUUCUUCGAGUCACUCCGUGUAGCCCUCAGUAAACUAGUCAAAUCGGUAGGUACACCGUUACUUUUAGUUGUCAAAACUCUGCAUGCUUUAUCGGAACAGUGUGUCUGGAGGUAUCCAAACCUUAUUUCAACAGUAGAGAAGUGACAGUGUGGCGGAAUUGGUACCGUUUCUUUAACCCACGGAAAAAAACAAAAAAAC